AGAUACAAAAUAUGAAUUUGAAAUAUUUGCUAUCUUAUCAUUGUAGAAUUCGAAAACAACAAGAGAAUUCCAACUAACCCUCGUUCAUCAAAAUAUUUAUUCUUUCGUGUUCAACGUAUCAACAUGAAAACACAUCUAAUUUUUCUUAUACUAGUUCUCAGUUCAUGUUCUGAGGGAAAUAUAUCUGAUGAUAUUGAAGAAGAUGUUGGAAGGGCUCAAGCCAUAUUGCUCUUCUAUCUUACUUCCGUCGGAGUACGUCAAUGCGAAACCCAUUCACAUGAAGAUUUAGUGGCACAACAAACCAAAGCAAUCGAAUGCGUCAAAAAUAUUACAUAUGAUGGUACCUUCUGCGAGAGCUUCCCAAAAAAAUUUAAACCUUGUGUUAGUAAUAUCCUUGCUGAAAGGGGACAGUGUGAUUCACCUUUUAUGAAUGCUCUCAAAAAUUCUGUGAUGGAUUCAGUCAUCGCUGAAAUCGAAUAUCUCUGCAGCAUUAAUGGUGAACGUAUCCUUGAAUUGGUGAACCCCUGCGUUAUUACAAGUGCCUUGCAAGGUUACAAGUGUAAAACAGACGUAAUGAGACCUUAUCAAAGUUCAAGUUUGCCAGAAGCUUGCAGGGUAUUCCCAGAUGUUCUGAAUUGUCUGGAGAAAGAAAUCAAAAAUGAAUGUGAAAAGGAACUUACCAGGAAAACACUCCAUGAUUUCUUUUCGGUUGAAGUCAAACCUUGCAACGUAGCAAUUGAAGGAUAUAUGGAACUGAUUAAGUUCAUAUCUAGAAAAUACGAAUAUAUUCCAAAAAAAAAUGGAAAUUGCGAAAAUUGUGGUUACGAGAUAAUUCAAAACAAUUUGGAAGAGAAUAAAUAAUAAAAAAAUUCCAUUCCCUACUUA